AUGGUUGAAGUGGAUCAGACGCAGCAGGAGUUAGAGACGUGGAGGUAAGGACAGUGGCGUAGCGUGGGGGGUGCAGGGGGGCCCGGCCGCACCGGGCGCAACAUCUGGGGGUUAGGGUUAGGGGGCGCAAAUCCACGGGUUAGGGGGCGCAAAUUACUUGCCUUGCCCCGGGUGCUGACAACCCACGCUACGCCACUGGGUAAGGAAGAGAGAAACUUGUUUCUUUACUCUUAAUGACAGUGUUGUUUCUGCACUAGGGAAGGUCUUAAAGAUCCUAGCAACAACUUGAGCAUGGGAACAUCUUGUACCCACAUAACCUUUCCGGCCACAGAUCGCUGCCAGUUUAGAUGAAAACAAGUCAAGGGAGUCCAUUGAUGGCAUGGAAGCUUAGAGGUAGGGAUGUCAACAAGGGAGUUGCUGGAGUUAACACCUCUCACCAGCAGGAAACUAGCGCUAGUCCUCAUGAGGGAGGUUGAGGAUAAAAGCCAGAUAAUUGAACUGGUUGGAGCAUAGUGGCAAAUCUGGCCAGUGCAACUCUGUUGUUUGCAGAAACAGAGCUAAUGGGGAUUACUCACACUAAUAAAUGGGUGUUUGAGUGUUUUAUCAUUUAUGUCUUCCUUUUAAAAAGCAAAGUCCACUUAGUAUAUAAAAGGCAGUAACAGCCAUGCUUAAACUUAGUAUUGCAGUAUAGAUGAGCGGAUGGGGUACAAGACAAUUUUUAAGACUCUUGGCAAUCCAUUUCUGAAGUUAGGAGGACAACCCAUGUUUCCUACAGUAUGGUACACAGGCAGUCUCUAGAGAAGAUAGGAGUUUUUUGUUGCUAGGAUACACACAGCUCAGGAAAUUCCUAGGCUCUCAGCUUUGUGGUGUACAUUCUAUGUUUAUAGCAGCAUUCUACAAUGUCCCAUACUCUCAUAAGAUUGUACUCAUGUUGAAAAUCUUAUACUCAUGUUGAUGGAAUUUUGAUGUACCUGUGUGGAAUGUACCGGUAAUUACCCUGGGCUGGAUGAAGGGACUUGAGUUCCUUAUACAGAAGAAUACUUUACCUCUCCAUCUUUAUUCAUAAUGUAUAGGUUCUCCUUUUGCCAACACUUAUUAAACGGGGUGGGGGCAUGCAGACACACAUGAGAUUUCUCAUUCCUGUUUCUUCCUCCUGAAAUCUCCUGCAUACUCUUCUUAUCCAAUUAACUUGCCAAGUGCUUGAUUUCAAUUUCCCCACUGCUUGGAUCACAGCCACAAUGAGGGAGAGGCCACCAUUGUCCAAGUUAUUGGGCUUUCCUUUUUAAAAAGUACAAACAGCAGGAUAAUAUUGAGGCUUAGUUGAUGUGUUACCUGUGAUAAUUUGGAAGAUUGGUCUAGAUCACUGCUCUUCAACCUUUGGUCACCAGAUGUUGUUGGACUACAACUUCCAUCAUUCCCAGCUUAGGCAGUUGCCAGGAAUGAUGGGCAGUGUGGUUCAACACCUGGGGACACAUUGAAGAACAAUGUCCCAUCAUUGGUGUGACUCAGCAUAAGUCAGUUCCUUAUUUAUCCCUUAUUUGUUACCCAUAUGAAGCUUUCCUGGGCAAGAUCAAUCUCACAUUUUCAUUGCACCCAGAUCCUGCAAUCUCAUGGUGCCUAGGAGAGAAUUACUGUAAAUCAAGUUCAAAUUGAUAAAUAACUCUCAAAACGUUUGAAUCAUGAUUGUAGAGUUUUAUGAGCGUUUUUUCCUCCUUUGAGACACUUCAGCCAAACAAUCAGGAGGCGAAACAAGAUGCUGGACAAAAUUACUCUAAAACAUUAAGCAAAUAUGUUACUAGCCAAAGCAGAUUUGGAGUUCCUGAACCUCAGUUGCACCAAACUUGACCUGCCUGCCUACAUUUCUGCUUAUCUUAUGAAAGACUCUUGCUCCAUCUUGUGGACAUUUUGUUAUCCAACUGGAAGCACUUUAUAAGGAUUUCCACACCAGUGAGUGAGGGGAAAUGAUUCAUGAUGUUUACAGAAGGGAAAAAGUGACCAGGAUUCUUAUCUAUAUUCCCUUGGAGUAAACCUGGGAAAUGCUCAGUCACUUACAUUUUUGGUGGCAUCCGAGGAAUAGCACUCUACUGGACAAAGCUGCUGCCUCAUGUUCCCAUGUUGCAUUCCUCUGUGCUGUUCAGACUCUAGAGGUGUCCUCAGGCCUAUGAUCCUGGAUUUACUCUUUUUACAGCUUUAAUGUAGUGUGAAAGCUCAAAUAUAAUGCAGAACUUAACCAUUAGGGAAGUCUCAAAAAUGGAAUAAACUGUGAUGUGAAUGCAGCCUGCUUCUCUCUCCCAGAUGGACACUUGUGUGGCACUCAUAGGUUUCUGAGAUUUUGUGGUGAGGGAACAAACUCAGGCUUUGAGUGGGGGGGAUUAGACCCACUAAGAGAAGAUGGAAUCUGGCCCUGGGGGAACUCAGGAUAGCUCAGUCGGUAGAGCAUGAGACGCUUAAUAUCAGGGUCAUGGGUUCAAGCCCCACUUGGGGCAAACUAUUCCUUCAUUGCAGGAGUUUGGAUUAUAUGACCCUUGUGGUCCCUUCUAGCUCUACAAUUCUAUGAUUCUAUGCCUUAGCAUGUAUGCGGGUUGAUGUUGUUCUUGUCUGAGGUGAGGGUGGUCAGACUGCAUUUGUAGUUAUUCCUGUGCUAGGUGAGCAGUCAAGUGUAUAAUUUGGGAGUCAGGUAUGUUGUUGCCAUGAUCAGUAGUGUACACAGGAGCAGGAAGUAGCAGGAAGCUGACAGGCCAGGUAACAGGAAGUAGGGUUAGACAGCAUCAGUUUAUCCUAUUCCCGCUAUUCUCUCCUAACUGGGAUUUUUCUGGUUGUUGUGUCUACAGUCCCAUCAGGCCUUGCUUGAUGUAGUGCUGUUGACUGCCCAGUUAGCAAACAGGAAAACAUACUCAGUACAUGACUUUAUGGCAGGUGUGGUGACUGGUACUUGAGAUGCUGACAUCAGGAAGCAGAUUUCUCUUAUCACCAUCCUUUUAUUUGCAUGGCUCUCAUCAAGAUCACAGCCAUAGCAGCUUACAGCAUUUCAAAUGAACAGUCAUAACAAUAAAAAGAAAGACACAUAGGGUUGCAUUCAAUUAAGUUCUACUCAGGGCAGACCAGUUGGAAUUAAUGGGCUUGAGUCAUCUUAAAUCAUUAAUUUGAGUGGGUCUGUUUUGAGCAGAUUAAUGCAACCCGUAAUAAGGACACUUACAAAUAAUGUGAGUAAGUAACUACAUAAUAAUUAAAAAACAGUACCAUCAUAAACACAACAAGCAAAACAAAUUUAGCAGCUUAAAACAAAGCUGGAGUGAGAAUGAAGCCUAACGCAGAAAUAAAAAUAGUAAAGUAUAAGGUCACAAUGAUCUCCGUUCCACAAAGGUUCUCCACUAUUUACUUGCAUUAUUAGAUGGCAGCCACACUCUUCACUUGUGGCAGCCUCCUCCCUGCUGUCGCCAGCAUCUCUUCUCUCAGUUCUUUACUGGAGAGGUCAAGAUGGCUCCUCCUUCAAGCCCCACAUACACUUGCAGUUUUGAUAUUGCUUCCUCUGCUCCUCCUUCUAGACAGAAUGCUUUGUGAAGCUGCAGGAGAGGUGGGGCAAAGCUCUGGAGGUGGAAAAAGAUGACUCAGCAGGCUCUUCAAUCCCAGACACAAACUCUAGACGCCUGAGUCCCACUAGCUUUUAAAGAAUUCUAGGGAAUGGGAAGCUCAGUGUGAUCCACCCAUAUGCCUAUGAAUCCAAUGUUCUGUAAACACAUGCCACUCUGUUUUUCUCCUUGAUGUGUUUUGAAAAGAUUAAUUUCCUUUCUGUUUCUUAAAAUGUCAGUUUGGUGUAUUUCAUGUUUCCCAACAGAUGGCGCUCUUUGACAAUAUAGCUUUGACUAGAGUAGAUCGUAAGUACACAGUAAAUUGUGCUAAACAUUGCAUUUUCACGUUUCUGAUAUAAUGUCCAAACUAACGUUGCAAUAAAUAUAGUGAGCCUCAAUCCAUGAAGUACAGAGACAGCUGCUUAAAACAUCCUGCUGUUUCUUGAAAUAUGUUGUUGGCAUUUUUCUGUCUCGAGAGACAGUGGAAGAGGGCACCAUCAGGGAUAAAGUCAAACCAUUAGAGCGUUUCUGCACUUGCUGUGCCUGAAGAGUUCAAUACGGGAGAGAGAUGUUUUAUUGCAGCUGGGGCAGACGAAGGUGUCCGGUUUUGCUGUUUUUGAUGCACCAUGGCAUUUAUUCUCUCUGUGCUCCUCCCUGCAGUCAUUUAUCCUCUGGUCACUGCUGUAGAUACACAGCCUGUCUGUCUCCAGGCACUGUGGUCAUCUGCACUGUGGUUGUUCCAGAUUUGUACAUUCAAAGGCCUAGAUGUCUUUGCAUACAGAGGAUAUGAAAUGACCUAGAUGAUGCCUGCUCUAUUGCAAGCCAAAAAAAUCAGAAAUGGAAGUGUUGCGUUUUUUCCGAUUGUUUUGUCAUGGCAAGCAUUUCUGCUUGCCAAAUGGAACAAUUCCCACCCCUUGUCUCUGGUUUUGUCCAUAGCACCCAAGGGAGUGUUUUACAAUAAACACAUUGAACUACAACAAAGCGCAAUGCCAUCAGCAAGCGCUGGAGCCGGGUUUCCCCCUUUUUUUAAAAGUUCCCUUUCCAUCUUUUCUUAUUUAUUAUUGAAUAGUAGCCUCUUUAAAAUGUUCUGCAGAUGGCUGUGUUUCACUUCUUGCCACCUAAUAGCAGAGGAAGAAAUGCACAACAACAUGAAUUUGGGAAAGCAGUGCGACACUUGGCUCCCUAGGACUCCUGCAAACAGUAAAUUAUCCACACAAUUGUGGCUGACACUCCAGAAGCUGCAGCUUUUCUGGUAUCUGCAAAAACUUUAUCCUAUCUGGUUCUUAUUUUCUGGAGAUGCCCUUUUUGAAUUUUGUUAAUGUACCCCAGAGGGGAUCAUGGAAGUUACAGGCUGGCUGCUGGCUAGCUUGGGAAUGCUGGUGGAAAGCAUUAUUAAAGGUAGAAUGACGUCCUUUGUUAACCUAAUCAUACCAAUAUUUGGGCAUUACAUUUGGAAAAGAACUCUCCCCCUCCUUUUAAAAGCAACUCCACAAUACAACCAUUUGCUGAUGUGGCAGCUCUGGAGAAUUAAGCUAUGGGACGCUGCAGCUCAAGGGCAAAUCCAGGAGGGCAAUUGCGUUUACAGUAAUAUUGGCGGAGCCUUAUUCACAUUCAAGGAAGAUGCCACGGUAGAGUUUAUUGAUCCAGUAAAAGCAUGCAAUGUGUUUCUGCUUCACCUGUUUUCUGUCAGCACCCAUCGCCUGACUAUUCACCUGUGGCUUGUACAAUGCCCUUUGUAUCUAGCAAUCAGCUAAAACACUUUAUCCCUCAGCAGAAAACCAUGCCAAGAAAAUAAAGCCUGCGGGGAUCCUUUUGUUGCCAUGUCACCUCCAAGCCCUUUUGCAAGUGUCUGUCACAUGAGGGUUUAGAAAUGUCUUAAGAGGACCAUCACGUGCUUUAGAAAUAACAAAUAUAUAAGCUGCAGUUCCCGAAAUCUCUGCAGAAUAAAAGCUGGAAGUGCACCAGGAGUCCCUACAGCCCACGCUAUCUGCUCUCUUCUUUCUGGCAGCAAAUCUGCAAGAACCUCAGUCUUCUCUCCAGAGAGGGCAACACAUUGGAAUCCUGAAAGAAAACUUAAUGCAUAGGUAAGAGCAGUUAUUUCGGUUCUAACAUCUGCGAUGCUGACUGCCAAAGCUUUUAUUUGCUUACUUUAUUAAAUUUAUAUACAGCCAAGGAUUCAAAAAGGGAAUGCACUUAUUUUCUAUAGCAGCAGAGGGUUUUUUUUGAAUAGCUGUUACUUUAAAUGAUUACAAGAGGAAAAAUAUCACAGAGUAAUUGGAGGGCACAGCCCCCUCCACAGUUCUGUGUGUUUCGUUUAUUGCUAAUCUGGAAACUGUGUCCCCACCCCAAUUUUGGUUUGUAUGUUUUAGCAAAAUCACAUUCAGCUAGGUAGUAACUAAAUACAGGCACUAGUUAAAUAGGGCUUACAUGCGUGCAGCUUUGCAUUAAAUCAUAACCAUUUUCUUUUUACUGUUAUUUGUUACUAUCAGACACAGUCUUGUUCAUGGUUCCGUGCAAAUUUUAUAUACAAUAUAGACACACAUUAUGUAUGGAACAUAAGCUGAGUUAGCAGUGUCCAAGGCCGCAGCUUGUAAUCCUAAACACUGCAGGUGGAAUUCAGAGUUGCUCUCUUCCAAGCGUCCUGUCUGCACAAGGAUUUCAGCUUGCCAGUUAGAAUGACCUCGCUUUCCUCCGCCUUCUGUGCUGUUUCUGGGGUUCUCCCAAGCCAGUCUGGGGUGGAGGUUGGAGAGUGAGGACCCCAUUGCGCAAGCAGAAGUCCUUGUGCAGGGUGUCUCUGAUGGGGCUGGGUUAGGUGAAUUCCACCCAGUAGGUGUAGGAUUGAGGUUUUAAUCUUGCUUUUAACUGAUUGAUUGUUGGAGUAACAGUUACCUAAUAUAAAUAUUACAUAAUGUCAAAACAAAUUAUAGGCAGGGAUAUUUGAUGAAGGUUGCAGUUUAGGCAAAUGAUUUGUGGCCCUAAUAAUAAUUGAGAAACACAUUUUCUGAUUCCUUUUCCCCCAAACAAAAAUGCUACCAACACUGAAAACCUUUUGCAAGGGGGCACUUUUAAUUGAAAUCUGUAUUUUUGGAUCAGCCGCUAAUCUGUUAUUACAUAUUUAUUAAUGCUUUCAAGUCUGGGGAAAAGGAAACAUGAAGGAAUUCCCAGAUCUCAACUUGUGGCUUGUAAUCAGAAAGCAUCCUCACAUUUUCCAGUAGAACUACGGUAAAUUAGUGACUCCAAUGCAGAUAGUUUGUGGUUAAAUUUACUAGGCAUGUCCAUUCUGAGAGUGCAUAUGAGAGCCUAUUCUGUGCACAUAAAUAUGGAUUGUACAUCUCUAUAUCUAGAGAUACAUAUAAUCUUCUAGGGCAUGAUUAUGAAUGAGAGAUGUCAAUCUCCAUGGUGCCACAUAUGGUGUUGGCUUGAAAGACCAUUAUAAUUAAAGUCAGGGACAGUCUGUUCUUUCUGUUUGUGCCUUGGAUAAAGGUCCGUGCUUCUGCUUGAAUCACCUCCCCUUGUGUGAAAAGAGCAUUUAGGCCCAUUGGCUAUGUUAUUCUGGAUUCACAAAGCCUGCCUUUUCUAUCAUUAUAUUCUUGUGCUCCAUGAAUGCUGUAUGAAAAGAUCAGCAUCCAGUAGCACUUUCUGCACUUUUAUAGAUUGCAGCAUCCAGUUAGCCCUGUAGGUUGCCUAAGAAUUUCCCAGAUCCUGUCCUAUGGGGUCUUUCAGUACACAGCUGGGGAGAAAUCCUAAGCCUUGCAUGGAAGUUACUGCUAAAGUUAAAUUCAAAUUCAGUCACUCUGCAUUUAAAAAACAUAAAGCCUCAGAAAUAUUGUAGUUUGCUGGUGAAAAUAAAAUCCCUAUUACAAUUCGGCAUCUGAUGCUAGACAGAAAGGCUCCAGAUUUUUGUCACCUAAUCCAUUACAAUUUUUUUUUUUUUGCAAAAGUUCACGUGGGAUAAAUUAUUAUUAUAGCUUGUGCUGCAUGCAUAUGGGGCUGUAUCAAGGACUUCCACCUAUGCAUCAGGACUUUCUUUCCCUGUGUAUUUCCCACCCACCCCCCAAAAUCUGCUCUGGAGGAUUGGGGGGAACCCAGAAAAGGUUGGGAGGGUCACAGCGGUGUGUGCAGGGAGAAAAAGUCCUGUUGCACAGGCAGAAGUGCUUACGUUAAUGGGGCAAUUUAAUUGGAUGCAACCCAUAGUAUGCUGCUGAAAUCAGUUUCAUGCUGAAGACCCCAAACCUAGCAGCCUUUGCCAUCAACAGAUACCCUCAGCUGAGUUCACAGCUCAGAAGGUGGACAGGUUAUGGAGUGUGCAAUAAGCCUAUAUAUUAAGGAAGACUUGAACCAGCCAAACUGGGCAGAUGUGACCAAAUCUGGAGUUACCCUUAUCACUGCUGUCACUUCCUAUUGGCUCUUAUUUUGCCAACAACCACAUACAUUCCGUCCCUAGAAAGAUAGUUGAGAGGGUUGCAUAAGACGUCUGUGUCCCGAUCACUUGUCACGACUAUGCACUAAGCUCCAGGACCUGUCAUAAUGAAUAGGCUAAUCUCCUUCACCUGACCUGUCCCUCGGUUCCGUUUCACUCUGCAAAGCACAUUGAGAAACGGCACACUGAGAUGUCAUACAUUGAGCACAGGCACGUAUAUGGCAUUCUCAUUGUUCCCUAGGUGUUUGGGGGUCAUCACCUCUGCAACGAAGCUGCGUCAAAAGCUCCCGCAUGGGCACUCACAGGGCUGUAGGAGCACAAACCCUCACAAUCCCAGGAAAUGGCAGCACUCAAACAGCCCUGCCCACCCUUUUCAGUUCACCCACAGCUGCUAGUGCUGCAAUUAUUUUGUUUGGCUUUUACUUCAGAUCCCAUUAGCCACAUUGCUAGCCUGCAAUUAGAUAGGAAAGUGAACACCCGUUAAUUAUCAGUAAUGAUAAUGAUGCAGCUAUGCUUUUUCUCUUUGCAUGGAAACUUGGGAACUACAUAUUCAUAUAUGUAGACCCUUGGUCCAUCUAUCUCAGUAUUCUCUACCCUGACUGACAGCAGUUCCCCAGGGUUUCAGACAUCUUCUUCCUGAAGAUGCCAGGGGCAUUUGGCAUGCAAAAUAGAUGCCCUGCCACUGAGCUGUAGCCAUUCUCUGCAACAAAUUGUGCUAGGCAUAUAUCCCAAGUUGAGCAAAACUUCAUGGAGAAAGCCUAACAUGACAUUUGGAGCCCAGGUUUGGUCUGACAUCGUGAACACUUUCAGACCACAGGCCCCGAACCUGGCAGAUUUAGCCCAAAAUAGGCAUCAUGAAUCAUGCAAGCUCCUUGAUGCCUCCAACUCAGUUCACAGCUUGGCAAGCGCUAGGUCUAUAAUGAUUGCCCAAAAUAGGCAAUGUGAAUAAAUCGUAAGACGCACCAGCUUGGUUUGGCUGCUGCUUUCCUGUAGAUAUUAUAGCUCAUUAGACAUCUGCCCAAACCCACACAGGCCAUUUGGUGUAAAAUGUAUGAGAAAUAUGCUUCGGGGAUAUAGUUGUUGAUUUCAAAGCUUGAAAGAAUAAACAAGAGGUAUCCUUGUACAUAAAAAGUUAAAGUUGAGGAAGGACCCAGGCUUGCUAGAUUGAAAAAAAAUAUGGUAGAAACGGGUGAAUCUCUUGAAUUACAGUGUCUGGAAUAAAGGGUGCUCCAUGUAGCUUUUGGAGCUGUCAUAGUUGACCAGGGAUGAGGAACCUGUGACUCUUCGGAUGUAGCUGGGACCCCACUUCCAUCAUUCCUGACCAUUGAUCAAGCCGGUGAGGGAUGAUGGGAGCUGGAGACCAACAACAGGUGGAGGGUCACAGGUUCUGCAUCCCUGCUGUAAAGUAAUGGAAAAGGAAAAGACUUCUGUUCUCCAAGGAUAUUGGGUUGCAUCCAAUGGUGGUGCUCAGCUGAUGGUAAGGCUUUGGUCAGAAAUUCCCCCCUCCUUCCUAGAUCUGCUCUGGAGCAGAUUUAGUGGGUUGAGGGCUGCAAGGGAGAGGAGGAAUUGCCCAAAAUAUGUCCCUCCCCCAUUCCUCUGUAAGGGGCAUUUAAGACACCAGCCCAAAAUGAAGGCAAUACUUGGUGUUUAUAGAAGCAUAGGACAUUCACAACAGAACAGGGCAACCAGGCAGAGAGCAUCAUUUCCCAAACCGAUUUGGAACGUUUUGCUGGCUCUCUUUGUCAUUGGCUGGUGGGUUUAAGAAAGCUGAUUUCUCGGUAAAGGGAUUGUCUGCAGCAGCCUUUCCACAAGAGCACCUGAUUAACUUGCCCUUUCAAAAGAUUAAGGUUCCCACCCUGGCUAUCUCUUAAGAGCACUCUGCUGUACCUUUAUUUUCCUUUGAAAGAAGAAACCCUCGUUCCCACAAUUGCUUUCUUCUUUCAAAGGGAAAAUAACUCUGGUCUCACAUCUUUUGAUUUGGCUGGUUAAUUAACAAUCACAGGAAAGCUUUCCAGAAGGCGGAAGAUUGGUUUGACAGCAUUAAGAGUCUGAUUCUGUGCAGAGACCCAGCAUGCUCUUCCUGACUCUGAGCUCUGUCUUGUGCCCCUGCAAUCUGAGGCACCCAGCACCUAGCAGGAAGCGAUCUGUAUCUGUCAGGAUUAGGUCCUAAGAGCGCUUUUGAGUCAUCCAAUCCAGCUUCUUGGUGACCUCAGAAUAACUAUUCCUUCACAGCCCACGUCAGUAUUAACCCUGACUAUCUUGCCACUUAACCUUGCCAGCAAGCCUCCAAGCUAUAAAAGCCACUUCUGAUUCCGCCCCCCUGUCAUUACCGCUCUAAUGCACAGCAUCUGGGCAUUUGCUGGAUUUCUGCUUUUGUGAGUCGGACAUUAGCGAGGACCCACCUCUGCGACCUGACGGACCUUCCGUUUUCACAGCACUGGUGGUGAUGAUGAGGACUAAGGUGCCUGAAGUCUCAGCGGAUGUGUGUGCCUAUAUAAAGAGACGCAAGCGACUUAACUUGACAUGCAUUUUGCAGGUAUUUUCAGUUGCUGGCUGACUGCUCUGGAGGUGGUGGACUGAAAUAG